CCGUCAUGGCUCUGUCACUGUGGUUCCUGUGUGUGUCUGUCACCACCCUAACUCACGUUGCCCCCUCUGGCCAAGCUAUGUCCAGAGCUGCGAUUCCCUUCGGCAUCCUGAGGAGGGAGCUAGCGUGUGAGGGCUACCCUAUCGAGCUGCGCUGCCCAGGAAGUGACGUCAUAAUGAUUGAGACGGCGAACUACGGACGCACGGACGAUAAGAUCUGUGACGCGGACCAAUUUCAGAUGGAGAACACACAGUGUUACCUCCCGGACGCACUCAAGAUCAUGGCCCAGAGGUGUAACAACAGGACCCAGUGUGUAGUGAUAGCAGGAGUAGAUGUGUUUCCAGACCCCUGUCCUGGUACAUACAAAUACCUGGAGAUACAGUAUGAGUGUGUUCCUUACAAAGUGGACCAAAAAGUCUUUGUGUGUCCUGGUUCUCUUCUGAGCGUUCAACCGGCUACUUCCUUAUUGGAGGCGGAGCAUCAGUCGGGGGCGUGGUGUAAGGACCCGUUGCAGGCUGCUGAUAGGCUGUAUGUCAUGCCCUGGACACCCUAUAGGACGGAAGUUCUGUAUGAGUACGCUUCAUGGGACGACUACAGGCAGAACAGAGUCACCACCACUUACAAGCUGCCAAACCGCGUCGACGGUACAGGCUUCGUGGUCUACGAUGGAGCAGUGUUCUACAACAAGGAACGCACACGCAACCUGGUCAAGUACGACCUCCGCACGCGCAUUAAGAGUGGCGAGGCGGUGGUGUUGAAUGCUAACUACCACGACACUUCGCCAUAUCGGUGGGGCGGGAAGAGCGAUAUCGACCUCGCUGUGGACGAGAACGGACUGUGGGUCAUCUACUCAACUGAAGCCAACAACGGACGCAUAGUUGUCAGUCAGGUAAACCCUUACACCCUGCGUUUCGAGGGCACGUGGGCGACCAGCUUCGACAAGCGCGGGGCGAGCAACGCCUUCAUGGCGUGCGGUGUCCUAUACGCGGUGCGAUCCGUCUUCCAAGACGACGAGGGACAGACGGACAGAGGAGGAGGAGGUGGAGGGGAUAUGGUGUUAUAUGCAUUUGACACCAGUAGAGGGCGAGAGGUGCCGGUCCAAAUCCCCUUCCCUAACCCCUACCAGUAUAUAUCAUCUAUAGACUACAACCCACGGGACAACCAGCUGUAUGUGUGGAAUAACUACUACGUGCUGAGAUACCCUCUGCAGUUCAGACCGCCCCAGCCUACCAAAGGUCCUCUCUCAUCUCUGAUGACUACAGUGAGGUCCUACACAGCCACUGUAGCGCUGACCCCAGUUCGACCUUCGGCCUCCAACCCCAUCGGGGUCAUCAACCGGAGUCCUGACCUGCGGCCAAUCACGGCCAUGGUCCCGCUGACCCCCCGGCCCCCCCACCGUGCCCCCAUCGCCCCGGGAGGGUCCCAGGGGGGGCAGGUUGGGAUGUGUGAGGGGAGGGUGACUAGAGGGGUACAGUGGCCCCCUACACCUAAAGGAGAGACAGUGGAGAGACCAUGUCCCAAAGGAUCACUGGGUAUAGCAUCGUACCAGUGUGUGUUGUCCCCGGUAACAUGGAACUCCAGAGGGCCUGACCUCAGUAACUGUACCUCCCCCUGGGUCAGUCAGAUAGCACAGAAGAUAAAGAGUGGGGAGAAUGCAGCUAACAUCGCUGGUGAGUUAGUAAACCUGACGAGGGGGCGGGUCUACGCCGGUGAUGUCAGCAUGUCAGUCAAACUUCUAGAGCAGCUGUUGGACAUCCUGGAUUCUCAGCUUCAGGCCCUACGACCAGCUAACAAGGAGUCUGCUGCACGUAACUACAACAAGCUGCAGAAGAGGGAACGCACCUGUAGAGCUUAUGUCCAGGCCGUGGUUCAGGUAGUUGAUAACCUGUUGGGUCCUGAUGCGUUAGUCUCCUGGGCUGAUAUGAAGACCACUGACCAAUCACGCUCUGCCUCGCUGCUAUUGGACGCCAUGGAGAAAGGAGCCUUCCUAUUGGCUAACAACAUCUACGAGGGGCGGUUCAGCGACAGGGCCCCCAAUGUCGAUCUGGAGGUGUAUGUGUUGAACACAGAGGCAGACCUACAGGACCUGGUGUUCCCUCACUCCUAUGACAGUGACAGUGUACUACAGCUAUCAACUGCUGCUCUACAGCAAUACAGCAGCAACGGCCAGGUGAAGAUAGUUCUGUCUCUGUAUAAGAACCUUGGAUCCUUCCUGACCACUAACAACUCCUUGUUGAGGUUGGAGGCGGGGCUUCCGAGUGGGGCUGGGCGAAGCUUGGUGGUGAAUUCUCACGUGAUCUCGGCUUCUGUCAACAAAGGUUCCAACCGAGUUUUCCUCUCUGAACCAGUCGUCUUCACACUGCGACACCUACAGGUGGAGAACCACUUCAGCCCCAACUGUUCAUUCUGGAACUCCACGGUGUCGGUGGGGUCAGCAUCGGGGUCAUUGGUGGGUCGUUGGUCGUCCCAGGGAUGUAGACUGAUACAUACCAACAACACACACACCACCUGCGCCUGUAACCACCUGUCAACAUAUGCUGUCCUGAUGACCUACCACCAACCUGCUUCUGUAGAUGGUAUAGAGGAGGUGCUGGUCUACAUAGUGUCCUGGGUGAGUAUAGCCGUAGCCCUGGUGUGCCUUGCAGCCUGCAGUACCUUACUGUGCUGCCAGGGGGCGCCACAGUCGGACCACAGCACCAUACACAGGAAUCUGUGGGGAAACCUCUUCAUCACCGAACUGAUCUUCCUCAUCGGGGUGGAUAAGACGCAGUACAGCGUAGCGUGCCCGAUCUUUGCCGGUUUGCUCCAUUUCUCCCUGCUCUCUGUGUUCUGUUGGUUAUGCCUGGAGGCGGUGGAACUCUACUUGCUGCAGGGGGAGGUAUUUGAAGGACGGACCUCUAGGAGGAAGUACUUCUAUCUCUGCGGCUACUUCCUGCCCGGGGUGGUUGUGUCCGUGUCCGCCGCCAUCGACUACAGAGGCUACGGCACCCAGAACGUGUGUUGGCUGCGGAUGGACAACUACUUUAUCUGGAGUUUCCUGGGUCCUGUAUCUGUUGUUAUACUGCUGAACCUGGUCGUAUUGGUGAUGACUCUUCACAAGAUGGUGCACAGCUCCUCCGCCCUCAAACCCGACUCCAGUCGCCACGACAACCUCAGAGCGUGGACUGUGGGUUCUCUCACCCUGCUCUUCCUGCUGGUGGUGACCUGGUCUCUGGGGCUGGUCUUCCUCUCAUCUCCCUCUCUCCUCCUCUCCUACCUCUUCUCCUCCCUCAACACGGCCCAGGCUCUGCUCAUCACCAUACUGUACUGUACACUCACUAGGAAGGGUCAUAAGGACUAUGGUAAGUGUGUGCGUCACUCCCAGUGCUGUGGCUGUUCCUCCUCCACCAGUUCACCUGGCUCUGUAAAGGGCGCCGCCCUACGGGCCAGCAACCGCUACUGCAGUACCAACCAGGCACGCAGGGCUACUGCUAACAGACAGAGUCGCAUUAGGAGGAUGUGGAACGAUACGGUCCGUAGACAGACUGAGUCUUCCUUCAUAGCUGCUGAUGUCAACACCACACCUACACUCAACAGAGCUGGUCUGGGUAACCAUUUCCUGACUAACCCAGUGUUACAGACUCACCCUAGAGUCUCUCCUUAUGACAGCCUACUGGCUCAGGGCUACAGCCAGCCCUCCCCUGGCGUCUUCACCUCUACUGGGACAUUCAGAGACAUACAGAAAGGUGCUGUCCUGUCUAAGAGCCAGGAGAUGGACAGUGUUUGUCUGAACGGCGGCUACAGCACCAACAGCUUCACCCUCCAGGGUCUGGGUGGGGGUGGUGGGGGGCCCCGGUCCGGGGUGGGGGGCAGCACAGACCUCCUCAGGGAGGGAGGAGGAGAGGGGGAGGACGGCUCCCCCGCCCUCCUCACCCCCCACGCCGCCGUGGGGGUGGGGCUUGGGGUGGAGUCUCACGGAGGCGGAAUGAGGAGGAACCUAUCAGACGCGGCGGUCCUGGAGAACAUGAUCAUCUCGGAGCUGGUUCAGAGCAACUUGAGGCCGUCUGCAGCCUCGGAGCACUACGGGAGCCUGGCACGCCCCCUGGACAGACUGACACGCCCACAGCCCUCAGCCCACGACAGCUGGACUGUAGCUCGGGUGUCGACACACACACAUGAGCAAGAGCCGACGCACACACACACACGCCAGGAGGAGGGCAACAGGAGCCAGCUGCAGCUGGGGGGCGGGACCCUCUCCCGUAGACUCCUCCUCCAGGACAGACAGACGCACCCCCAAGAGGCGUCGCUGCAGACGCAGACCACACGCCCACAUUCUACGCUGACCCGGCCGCAGCACGGUGCCACGUUGUCACGGCAACAGCAGCAGGGUGGAGGGGGAACGCUGUCGCGUCACCGCAACGGGGUUGUUGAGCCGGGUGGCGCGGGGGGUUCGGAGCGGGAGAGGGACCGUUACCGGGAUAGACCGCUUCCUCCUCCCCCUCCCCCUCCGCCACUGGAGACAGAACCUCUGUAUAAAGCCCUGGAGGAACCCCUUCUCUAUGACCCCAGGGAUGGAGGGGUGGAGGGGUGGAAGGAGAGAGGGAUGGAGAGAGGGGUGGAGGGUUGGAAGGAGACAGCCCCGAAGGUCAACCAGAGCCUGGGACGACCACCUCUGGGCCCCAGGCCCAAUCACAUGCAGACUUUCUACCAGCCCCCGCCCCUCACGGCUAAUGGGGAGUUGGUAUACACCGAGCCCGCCCCCGAGGAGGAUGACGGACAGAUGCAACGGGUGACGAGCCUGUGA